CAAUGUCACGCUCAAGAACCGGCUGUUCAACAUGCAAAAGACGCCAUCGAAAAUGUGACGAGACAAAACCAACAUGUCUCGAAUGUCAAAAGAAUAACCUCACCUGUGAAGGUUAUGCUCUUAAGUUACAGUGGGAUGUAGGGGUUGCGUCGAGGGGAAAGCUUACUGGUGCUUCACUUCCUGUUCUGGGCGCUGGUAAUGAGAGGAAGAGGGAGAGGGGGCUGGAGAUUGAUGGUGCGGAGGGGUCUUUUGGGCAGUUCCAGGCUUUGCCACUUGGACAAGUGGAGGCGAGUGGCCUGGGAUCGGAGGUUUUGAUGGACAUGGAGUAUCCAGUAAUCGAGACUGAAGAACCGCAGUGGCUCCAAAGAAGAAGUGACCAAGAAAAACAACUCUUCAAAGAAUUUAUACAAAAAACCGUCUUUCUGUUCUACUCUACCUCUACAGAAGACCCAUUCCCUCUUGAACUCCAACGCCUCGCCCUCCAAAACGAACCACUAUAUCUCGGGCUAAUCGCCACCCACGUAUACAACACCAAUCCUCGAAACCCACCACCUUUAUUUCAUGAUCUCUGUAAUCAAAGUCUCCGUCUUUUUCGCGAGCAGCUAAGUCGGUUUGAUGGGACGUUGGAUGGGGGUCUGAUCAACGCUGGUGUCUUCCUCUGCACACUCCACUUGUUCCAAGGGAUCCCCUGGACGGCGCAUUUGAAUCAUAUGAUGUGGGUAUACCACCUGUUCCCGCAGUCCAAAAACGCUCAUCGAAUUGGGGAUCUGGAAUAUCGCUUUUCGCUUGAGGCCAUGGCGAUAAUGGAUAUUCCCACUUUUGUUCGUGGGCGCGACACACCGACGCUUGGAAUCUGGGGUUUUCUCCGCUCGGCUCAGAAAGCGUCUUCAACGGGGCUAGUUGGCGGUGUCGAAAGCGUCUCGGGCUUACCGCGAAGUCUACUCGAUAUCUUCGGUCGAAUGGCACAUGAAGAUGUGGAGAAGGCCCUUGCGGAUUGGGAGGGCCAUGAGGGGUCUAUUCCGCAUGUUCAUCUCUGGGAAGCCUUUCGGCUAUCAGGCAUACUAUUGAGUCGACGACAUAAGCGCACACAUUCUGAAUCACCAUCCAACGAGAUACUCGUAUGUCGUCUAGUAGCAACCCUCGACGCACUAUACGAAACUCGACAGCGUGAAGAAUACGCCCACAUCCUCGCUACGAACAGCAUGCUGUAUCCCUACACCGCAGCCCGUCUCGAAGUAACUAUUCUGCAAACACGACCAACCUGGGUACAAACCCUACGCCGAUGCGGCAGUAUCUGUGACGCAUACCGCGACACACCUAAUGCACUAAUUCUAGAGGAAAUACUAGAUAAGGCGUUAGAAAGGGGCGAUAAUGAUGUUGAUCUUGAUAAAGAGACGAAAUUGAGAGGCGUUGAGUUGAGUUUGUUUUAG